UUCUCUUCUCCAUUACGGCAUCACCCACCUAUAAAAUUCGCCACUGGGUUUUUUGUUUCUCUCUCUCAAUUGCUCUGAAAUUCCUAAAAGAUACACUUUUUGAUUCUUCGUAUUCUUAUUUGAUUCCCUUGUUCAGUUUCUUCACAGAUUGUGCGAAUCGGGUUUAAUCAGGGUUUUAGGGUUUGCCUUAUCUCGAUAUCUGCGUAGAAUUUUGUCAAAGGGCAUUGAUUUGCCUUUUUAAAGCUUUGAUUUUUCGUUGACCUUCCCAGAUUUUCGGAUACAGUCAGGGUUUUAGGAUCGAAUUAGUUUCGUGGGUUUUUUUUUGGUGGGGGGAUGGAAGAGGAAUACCAAACGCCGCGGUUUACGAUUGGUCGGCAAUCGUCGAUGGCGCCGGAGAAGAAUCCGGAGCCGUCGAUUCACUCGGAAGAAGAGGUGUUGGAGGAUGGAGAAGAGAUCCCAGGUGGUGUAAGACUUAUGUAUUUGUGUAAUGAAGGUGAGAUUGAAGGGAUUAAGGAGCUUCUUGACUCCGGGAUCGAUGCUAAUUACAGAGACAUUGAUGAUCGGACUGCUCUCCACGUGGCGGCUUGCCAGGGAUUGAAAGAUGUCGUCGAGCUUCUUCUUGAUCGGAAAGCCGAGGUUGAUCCUAAAGAUCGCUGGGGAAGCACUCCUCUUGCAGAUGCGAUAUUCUACAAGAACGUUGAUGUAAUCAAGAUUCUUGAGAUACAUGGAGCUAAGCUUCCGAUUGCUCCAAUGCACGUGAAUACUGCUCGUGAAGUCCCUGAAUAUGAAAUCAAUCCUAAUGAGCUUGAUUUCACUCAAAGCAAAGAGAUAUCAAAGGGAACUUACUGUAUGGCAAUGUGGCGUGGCAUUCAAGUUGCGGUGAAGAAGCUCGAUGAUAAAGUUUUGAGCGAUGAAGAUCAAGUGAGGAAAUUCCACGAUGAGCUUGCAUUGCUCCAAAGGCUUAGGCAUCCAAACAUUGUUCAGUUUCUUGGUGCUGUAACCCAAAGUAAUCCAAUGAUGAUUGUUACUGAAUAUUUGCCCAGGGGGGAUUUGCGUGAAUUGCUCAAAAGGAAAGGACAACUGAAACCAGCUACUGCUGUUAGAUACGCACUUGAUAUUGCAAGGGGAAUGAGCUAUCUUCAUGAGAUCAAAGGAGAUCCUAUAAUCCACCGCGAUCUUGAACCUUCAAACAUAUUGCGGGAUGAUUCAGGGCAUCUGAAAGUUGCAGACUUUGGAGUAAGCAAGCUUGUUACAGUUAAAGAAGACAAGCCUUUCACAUGUCCUGACACUUCUCGUCGAUAUAUUGCUCCUGAGGUUUUCACUAGCGAAGAAUACGACACAAAAGCUGAUGUUUUUUCGUUUGCGUUGAUCGUUCAAGAGAUGAUCGAAGGACGAAUACCCUUUGCUGAAAAGGAAGACAAUGAAGCUUCAGAUGCUUAUGCUCGCAAAGAUCGACCAUUGUUCAAAGCUCCAUCAAAGCAUUACCCUCAUGGACUUAAAACGUUGAUAGAAGAAUGUUGGCUAGAUAAACCCUCCAAGCGACCGACUUUCAGUGAGAUCAUCAAACGGCUUGAGUCCAUUCUUCACCACAUGGGUCACAAGCGACAAUGGAGGAUGAGGCCAUUGACAUGCUUUCAGAAUUUCGAGCACAAGAAGAAACGUAAUUGGGAUUUGGGCAGCCAUGACGGCUCAUCAUCCGGUUCACAUUUGUAAUUCUUGAACUGGUUGAAAAAAAAAACGAUUCUUUUGAAUUCCUUCCGGUUGAGUUUGGUCUUAUUCCUAAACAACCGAAAUUUACUUUGUAAUUGUAAUUUUGCUCUACACUGAAGAAACUCUUCGUGUGGACAAAAGCUGCGAUUUAUUGUAGUAUAAAAAUUGUUGUAAGAUGUAUGAUUUUAACCUCAACAUAUAUUUGCUGUUGUAAU